CUUCCGUGCCAGACUUCCGCGUGUGGUGCUGUUGGGACGUCCUAGUACCGCGUUCUGUCCAGGGGCAGCCAACUCCUCCCCGCCCGCCCGGAACCCGCGAUGCCCGCCCCGCAGUGCGCCUCCUGCCACGCGGCGCGCGCCGCCCUCCGCCGCCCGCGCUCCGGCCAAGCGCUGUGCGGCGCCUGCUUCUGCGCCGCCUUCGAGGCCGAGGUGCUGCACACGGUGCUGGCGGGCCGCCUGCUGCCGCCCGGCGCCGUGGUGGCCGUGGGCGCCUCCGGCGGCAAGGACUCCACGGUGCUGGCGCACGUGCUGCGCGAGCUGGCGCCGCGCCUGGGCGUCUCGCUGCGCCUGGUGGCCGUGGACGAGGGCAUCGGCGGCUACCGGGACGCGGCGCUGGCGGCCGUGCGGCGCCAGGCGGCGCGCUGGGACCUCCCGCUCACCGUCGUGGCCUACGCCGACCUCUUCGGGGGCUGGACGAUGGACGCCGUGGCCCGCAGCACGGCCGGCUCCGGCCGCAGCCGCGCCUGCUGCACCUUCUGCGGGGUCCUGCGGCGCCGCGCGCUGGAGGAAGGGGCGCGCCUCGUGGGAGCCACGCACAUCGUGACGGGCCACAACGCCGACGACAUGGCGGAGACCGUGCUCAUGAACUUCCUGCGGGGCGACGCGGGGCGGCUGGCCCGGGGCGGGGGCCUGGGCUCGCGGGGCGAGGGGGGCGCGCUGCCGCGCUGCCGCCCCCUGCAGCUGGCCUCGCAGAAGGAGGUGGUGCUGUACGCGCACUUCCGCCGCCUCGACUACUUCUCGGAGGAGUGCGUCUACGCGCCCGAGGCCUUCCGCGGCCACGCGCGCCACCUGCUCAAGCUCCUGGAGGCGGCGCGGCCGUCGGCGGCGCUGGACCUGGUGCACUCGGCCGAGCGCCUGGCCUUGGCCCCGGCCGCGCGGCCCCCGCCCCCCGGCGCCUGCUCCCGCUGCGGGGCGCUGGCCAGCCGCGCGCUCUGCCAGGCCUGCGCCCUCCUGGACGGGCUGCAGCGCGGCCGGCCCCGCCUGGCCAUCGGCAAGGGCCGCGGGGGGCGCGACGAGGAGGGGUCGUCGGGGCCGCCACCCCCGCCUCCCAGCGACCCCGGCUCUGCGCCGGGCCCCGCCGCCGGGGGGUGCGGGGCUGCCUGUAAAGAGCGCUGCGAAUAAACCCAAGGGACCUCC